UAGCUGCUCUCUCGGUAUUGGCCCGUUUUGGAUAACCAGCACAUCGCUGCAGCGCUUGAAUGCAGCGCGGUCAAAAGUCACCCAAAGGUUGCAGGGUCACUUCCAAUGAAAAGAUGAGGGGUGCUGCUUCUCAUCGCCUCGAAGCUGCGCCGGGACAAAGAUGAGUCGCGCACUAUUGAAAAUGUGGCGCUUUACGCCUUCCCACCUGACCGUGGCAUCUCAGAGCUCCGUGUGAAUGAGGGAUGGUGGUAAAUUGACCGAUGUCUAGACAAGACGGACGUGAACAACAUGUUUCACCAGACAUGACGCGACACGCCCCGUGUUUGGUUUUUACGCUUUCCGCCGUGCGCUCCGGGCGACUUUUUACAGUCUGACCUUUGAUUUGCGCAAGAAAACUAGUAUCUGCAGAAGUUUUCAUUGCGUAAAACAUCUGGGAAUAUGUAAUUACAACCGAAGAUGAAAUUAGAUCCAACAACUACAACAGCUCUCAGCGAGAAAACAAGUUGAUUACCUUAUUUAUGAAUGACACCUCUAUAAAUUCUGUCUGGACACAUUUAACGUUGGAUUUCUCACCGGAAUGUGUAUCUCCAUGCGCACGGUUGAUGGGACAGCUUGCCACCACGGCCCCACGUUUUCUUUGAUGUUUUUACAAUGUUUGUCCAGUUGCUUAGCGAAUGGGGCUGCUUCAUAAGAGUUUCAGACACUGGACGACCAUGGGGGCGGUCAGAGGGGCUGCCCUUUCCACCUCCAUUCACACACUGAAAGGCUGAUGUUGCGUCUUUCUCUCUCAUUGUGCAGUUUCGUUCGCUUAUUUCGCUGUUCGGGGAAAUCGAACUGAAUGAGAGUUUACCCAUUGUUGCAAGAGUUUUGUUUUGAUUAUCAAAGCAAAUCUUUAAUGCAACCCGACUGCAUUUUUAAACGCGUUUCUGGGAUAUAUUUUGUUAAGCAAAGGCCCAGCGUAUGGAGACUCGUCUUGAUCGUUGGGACUGCUACAACUCUCCUCUCUGCGCACAGAAAAGUGAUUUCUACAACGUUUACGCACAAAACGGGCGACCACAUUUGAAAAUCGACAUUAGACUUAUUCCGAAUUUGAAGACCUAAAGGAGGAAUGGAUUUAUUCCGGGUGCGACUCAUGCAAAAGAGCAAUAAUGUAUAAAAUCCCUCUACAAUUUUUGGAGGAUAGAUGUAUAAAGGACAGAAGUCGGCAAAAUGCACCCAACUCAAAUAAACUAGUGUUAGGAUGGAUACGUGCGUGUUUGCUGAUGCUCUUGGUUUGCGAAUUACCCGAACUUUCUUUAUGUGCAAGUGUGACAGGAACCAAAGUUGAACACGAAGGAUUUUGUCCUAACAAGCUGAAUUCCAAUCUCUGGGUUGAUGCGCAAAGCACCUGCGAGAGGGAAUGCAACGUCGACGAGGACUGUGCCGACUUUGAGAAAUGCUGCACCAACGUGUGUGGCCUCAACAGCUGUGUGGCUGCACGUUUCUCUGAUGGCACCCCUGCCCAGCCAGAUGGGCAGGGUGGAGGAAAAGGAAAUGAUGCCCCCAUCUCCACCGCUACCUGUGAAGGCUUUAUCUGCAGCCAGCAGGGAGCAACAUGUGACAUCUGGGAUGGACAGCCCAUCUGCAAGUGCCAGGACCGGUGUGAGAAAGAGCCCAACUUCACCUGCGCUUCGGAUGGCCUCACCUAUUUCAACCGCUGCUACAUGGACGCAGAGGCCUGCAUCCGUGGGGUGACUUUAACUGUGGUUACCUGCCGCUUCUACCUGGCAGGCCCCCACACCAGCCCACUGCCUCAGGACACUACAGCUAACCCCACCCCGACAACCUCUCUGGAGGACCCCAUGCCGCCCACACUGUACUCCAACCCUCACCACCAGUCCAUCUAUGUCGGAGGCACAGUCAACUUCCACUGUGACGUUAUUGGAGUCCCCAGACCUGAUGUAACGUGGGAGAAACAGAGUGAGCGGCGUGAACGGCUGGUCAUGAGGCCUGACCAGAUGUAUGGCAAUGUGGUUAUCACCAACAUCGGUCAGCUUGUCAUUUACAACGCGCAGGUGUGGGAUACAGGUAUCUACACCUGCAUCGCACGGAAUCCUGCGGGAGUUCUUCAUGCAGACUACCCGCUGUCUGUCAUCCGCCGGGCUGAUGAUGAUUUCUCUGAAGAUCCUGAGAUGCCCAUGGGGCGGCCAUUCUCACCAGCGGACUGCCUGGCUGAAGUAGACCUGAGAGUGUGCAGUGGUGAGCGUCACGUUGACUGGUAUUUUGACAGCAAGCUGGGCUCCUGCAUGGCCUUCAGCAACGGUGGAUGUGACGACAGCCGCAACCGAUUUGAGACUUAUGAGGAGUGCAAGGCCUCCUGUCAGAGAGAGGGGAUGGGCAUCUGCUCGCUACCUGCUGUCCAGGGCCCCUGCAAAGCUUGGGAGCCACGUUGGGCCUGGAAUUCCCUCAUGAAACAGUGCCAAGCCUUUGCGUAUGGUGGCUGCCAUGGGAAUGCCAACAGCUUCCACACCAAGAAGGAGUGUGAGGCAAACUGCCCACGACCCAAAAGGAAACCUUGUAAGGCCUGUCGGGGGAAGGGGAAAAUGGUGCCCAGCUUAUGCCGGAGUGACUUUGCUAUUGUGGGGCGGCUGACGGAGCUGGUGGAGGAUCUGGACUCUGGGUUAGCCCGCUUUAGCUUGGAAGAGGUCCUGAGAGAUGAAAAGAUGGGCUUGACUUUCUUUAAUACCAAGCACCUAGAGGUGGCUAUCACCAAGAUAGACUGGAGCUGUCCCUGUCCCAACAUCACCAUGGAGGAAAACCCUUUGCUGGUGAUGGGUGUAGUGCAGGAUGGCAUGGCCAUCAUCCAAUCAGACAGCUAUGUCAAAGCCAUAACUGAACGCAGACUUAAGAAGCUACGUGAGGUUCUGGAUAAAAAGACCUGCAAGGCAUUGUAGAGUCCCAGGACUCGGACCCGUUAGCCCACAGAGGGUCUGUGGUCACCUUUACCUUUGGCACUGAAGAUAAGCAUCAGAAUUACAACAAG